CACGACAUAAUUUAAGAUGUGAAUAAUCUAUUUUUGUAGAUCAGUUUCAGGAAGGCUCACUGAAAGCUCAAAAGGCAUCUUGCGCGGCAAAAGCACAUAGCCAGCCAGCUAGCUCAUGCUAGCUAGUCCGCAUUGUACUUUUAUGGCCACUUAACUGUCUGGAAUGCUUAACGUUAGCUUUUGUUCUGUUCCCUUUAAACUGCCCUUAGCGUAAAGCAAAAGAAAAAAUAUUCUCUGUACUGUCUGGGCAGUUCGGUAGUUAUAUCAGAGCCAGUUCGCCAUGUUAUGCAUGUUAAAUAUGACAGCGUGUUUGUUUGAUAGAUAAUGGUAACGUUAGACUGGUAAGACAAUAUCCACAAUAUUUAGCUAGCUAGCUAUCUGCCCUCCCAGCUCCGUAAUGUUGGCUAACCUAUAUUAACGUCUGUCAGGCGGUUCAUGGUUUAUAGUAGUUUGCGCUGAACAUUAGCCAUCCAGCUAUGGCAGGAACAUUAGAAAUAUCUGUGAGACUACUCGCUAGCCUGCUACCAAGUUUGACAUGCUAAUUCUGGUGACUCCCAAAUUGGUCCUGACGACACAUGGAAACAUGUCUCAACUUUGUCAGGACAGAAGCAGUCGGUGGCACGACAUUCAGAAAGGACUGCAGUUCAUACAAUCCACAUUACCAUACCCUGGAACACAAGAGGAAUAUGAGGUAUUUAUUCAUGCUCUUGUGAGGAACCUGUUCGGCGAGGGAAAUGAUGUAUUCUGUGAAGGCGAAUGGGCCAGAUCAGUAGAACUGCACACAGAGGCCUUAAACAUAACCGAGUAUGCUGAAUCGGAGGAUAUCGUCAUAUCUCCCGGAGCGAGGGAGAAGAUGUUUGCAAAUCGUGCUGCUGCCUACUUAAAUAUAGGUUUAUACGAUCAAGCUCUGGAGGACUGUGAAAAAGCUCUGACGUUAAAUGAUGGCAAUUACCGAGCGCUUUAUCGCAAGGCCAGAUGUCUAAAAGAGAUUGGAAGACACACAGAGGCCUAUGAUGCAGUGGCCAAAUGUUCACUGGCAGUGCCUCAGGAUUCUAAAGUAAUUCAGCUCACACAUGAACUUGCUCAGAUAUUAGGAUUGAAAAUUCGCAAAGCCUACAUCAGAAGCAAGCCUGCCUUAAAUAUUAUACCUGGUUCAACUAUAUCAAGUGCUACAAAUGAUAAGUUUUCAAAUGGAUCUCCAUCCGUGGACGAUAUCGAAAUGGAUGUGUCCCAGGUCUCCAUGGAGACAGCUGGCCCUGUGCCAGUCCCUUCUCAGCUGUCCGUCGAGAUGCCAACCUCAAUACCAAGCACAGUGCCAGUCCUCAACACGCCCCCAGAGGGCCUGCCAGCCUUCGAGAGGUCGGAGCCCGAGCCGGCCCCGCUUAACGUCCUCCCCCCCACCUCCUCCAUCAGCCCCAUGCCUCCCAUGGCCCCUGAGCCCCUCAACCACGAGUCUGGGCCCCUGGCCAAUCACAUGCUGGUGAAUGGGAACAGGUCCCAUGAGGUGUAUAAUAUGCCAGAGGCCCACCUGGACUUCAACUCCAAGAUCAUCGGGGACGACCUGGAUGACCUUUUGGACAACGUUGCUCAUGAGCAGUCCACAGAGGGCAUUCCCACCAUGGACGGUCCUCUGCCUCUACCCACCAGGAUGACCUCGGUCGGCCCUCUCUUCAUGCCCCCCCACAUCAUCCACCCGUUCCUGGCGCCCCUGACGCCCCUAACGCAGCAGUGCACAGUCACCCUUCCCGCGCCUUACCACAAGCCCAACGCCUAUUCUAUCGGUCUGGACCCCUUCCCCUCGGCCCUGGACUCCUUAGACUGUCUGUCCCUUUCCGAUGCACAGACAGGUACGGCCUUCACCUGGUUCACAGAAGAUGCUUGUCUUGAAGAUGAUGCUAAAAUUACCCCCCAUUCUCUUUUCAAUUUUGCUUCACCCGCUGUGAGUCCAGGCUAUGCUCAACACCCCAUCAUGCCUAUGAACAAUAAUAAUCAGCCAUUAUUUCCUCCGAUUGGGGUGCCCUUAAGUGCGCCUGAAUCAAAUAUUUCGCGGGUGGAUCUGUCCAAAAAUCCUCUUGCUGACACUCAUGAGUUUAAACAGGCGUGUGCGGCAUGCUAUGUGAAAUCGGGUCCUAGAGUAUUGGACUAUACCCACUACGUAGAGGAGCACAAAUGCAAAAAGGACAUUUUGCUGGGGAGAAUCAAGUAUUCGGGGAACAUCGCAUGGAAGCUUAUUCGACCAAGACCAACCAAGACUCAGUAUGUGGGGCCUUAUUACAUAUGCAAAGAUGUUGCCAUGGGAGAGGAGUGCAGAUACCCUGGUCACUGCACGUUUGCGUACUGCCAGGAGGAGAUUGACGUUUGGACGCUGGAGCGUAAAGGCUUCAUAAGUCGCGAGCUGCUUUGUGACCCGUUCGGCUCGAUACGAACGGUCCACCUGACGGUUCCCACGAUCCUCCAGGAGCAUCAUGGGAUAUUUAUGUUCCUCUGUGAGGUGUGUUUUGAUCACAAACCUAGAAUCAUCAGCAAAACCAACACAGAAAACCCAAGCCUGUGCUCUCAUCCAGUGACAAAGCAUAACUUUGAAGAGAAAAAGUGCCUGGUCCACAUUCUGAAGGAGAAUACGGUGCGGUACUCUAAGAUCCGGCCCCUCGCCCAACCGUGCCAGAUGGAUCUGUGCCGACACGAAGUGCGCUAUGGAUGUCAGCGCGAAGACUUCUGCUUCUACGCCCACAGCCUGGUGGAACUCAAGGUGUGGAUGCUGCAGUCCCAGCAAGGUAUUUCUCAUGAGGGUAUUGUUCAAGACGCCCACAGGUAUUGGAGCAUGGAGGCCAACUCACAAGGAAUUCAGGAAAUCCCUGCAGCACUGAAGCGCUUUGGGCCAUCCAACCUGAAGAUGCAGUUUGUGUGCGUGCAGUGUUGGAGGAACGGCCAAGUCAGUGAGCCAGACAAGAACAGGAAAUAUUGUGGUGCAAAGGCCAGGCAUCCGUGGGCCAAAGACAGAAGAGUACAGGUCAUAGUAAGCUCCAAUGAACGCAAGAAGUGGACGCCCAUUCGUCCUCUUCCCACAAAGAAGCCUGUCCCCUCUCAGUUUGAGAUCUGCAUGCAUGUCUCCGCUGGCAAGAAGUGCCAGUACAUUGGGAACUGCACCUUUGCACACAGUGCAGAGGAGAGGGACCUGUGGACGUACAUGAAGGAGAACAGCAUUGCCGACUUGGAGCAGCUGUAUGAGCUGUGGCUCCAGUCUCAGCGGCAAGGCUGGAACGAGGAGAGCUCUAACUGCGCCCUGCGAGAAAAUGGCAAGCAGAUCCACAUGCCCACCGACUACGCAGAGGAAGUGGCGGGGAACCACUGCUGGCUUUGCGGUAAAAACUGCAACAGUGAAAAGCAGUGGCAGCAACAUAUCACAUCAGACAAACACAAGGAGAGGGUUUUCAACUCUGAGGAUGACCAGAACUGCUGGCAGUAUCGCUUUCCCACCGGCACUUUCAAAGUUUGUGAAAGGUUCCUUAAGGGUACCUGCACAGAGGAGGAACUGUGCAAGUUUGCCCACGGUGACGAAGAACUGAAAGAGUGGAGAGACCGAAGAGAGUUCCUUAUGAUGAAACUUGCCAAAGCCAGAAAAGAUCACCUGAUAGCACCCAAUGACAAUGACUUUGGCAAAUAUAGUUUUCUGCUUAAAGACAUAAACUAACAUUUUAAUUAUGAUGGCACGUAAUGCACAGGAUGAUGCAUAAUGAUACAAGGUAAAAAGUACAAGUUGAGCCUUUUUUUUUUAAAUAAAAAAGAGGGCUCACUUUUGGCAAGUUCUAAAGGACCAAAAAAAACAGGCCUGUUCUCUCGGUUUGGAGAUUACGACAGAAUUCGUACAGACAGAGACGGCCUCGUGUUCUCAGUUAUCAUGGCUUUGUUGCUGUUAUCACAGAUUCAGAUAGGUUACGCACCAAUGCCUUUUACUUAGCAGUCAUGCUCCUGCCAGAGAGAGUGGGAUUGACUUUUUUUCAGUUGGAAUGAUAAAGUGAAAGAGAUGCCAAAGGUGAAGGUUGGAUCAUCGAAAGCCUCAGUUCUGAUAAUGGGAGCUUUGAGGAGCAAGAAUCGAUAGUUCUACGAACGAAAAAAUGGUAUUGUUGCAAAAUCUUUUUGGUUCUUAAUUCCGAGUUUGGAAUACUGAGACAUUUGAGGUAUUCUGGUAUUUUAUUAUGUUUAUUUUUCUGUCUUCUAUUAUGUUCUGCCUACCUGUCCAAAAAUAAAUCAUUUCCAGCAGAUUUUUUUUUCUGUUUAAA